AUGCAGCAGUCGUCGCCGUCGUCAUCACCAUUGCGUGGUCCGGAACUCAUCUCAAACGUCAUCUACUUCAACGCCGCCAACACCGCCGCUCAUGACAACAACGAUGAUAGAACUGAGCAUUCUGAAAUGAGAGAAGUCAAUAGGAUGAUGACGCAAUAUGCAAAGAAAUCGAUCUCGGACUUUUUCAGCCACAUCAAUAAAAGGACGCAAUACGAGCGUCCGGGCACGUCAACUACAAUGUCACGGUACGAUGCGUUACCAACGACGGCCACCCAUAAGGCGAAUGGGGUAAGCUCUUCGCCGGAUGGACAAAUGAGUUUCAGGCUAUCCUCCCAUUCGAUCGGACAAUACAAGAAAACUUAUGUGUUGGGCCGAAGCAAUUUGGGAGUAGAUUACAGAAUGAUAAGAGGCUAG